UCAGCGGUGUGUCUGCUCUGAAUCUCAGUGGAUGUCAGGCGCACUGCGGGCUGGAGGAUGAUGCUCAAUAAUCCACCGGUGUUUCUCAGCAUCAGCAUCACUGUGAUGAUGAUGACGACCCAUCCAUGUGCGCUGAAGAUUAGCAGAAAACACACAACUCAUAACUGAUGCAUCAUCUUCAACAUUAUUUCUCCCCAGUUUCAGUCUAAAUUUGAAUGCGAUCGACAUGAAGAGGAUUUAUUAGAUCUCAUGAGAUUUAAAGCUGGAUUUGUUUAUUUUUCAUUGGUUUGGGAGAGAAGCAGAUCAGUUUCCUCGUGAUCUGAUGACCAGGAUCCUCACAUUGGAAACUGAAAAUGAAACCUCAGGUUCCUCUGCAGAUUCUGCUGUACGCCACAGUCAUCAGAAGUCUAAAAGCGGUUUCUAAACGAAACUCGGUGGACGGAUGUACUGACUGGUCUGUGGACUACCUGAAAUAUAAAGUUCUGUUCGGGGAGCCCGUCAGGAUUAAAUGUGCUUUAUUUUAUGGCUACAUCCGUGCAAACUACACACAUGCACAGAGCACAGGACUCAGUCUAAUGUGGUACAAGAGCGCAGGCCACGGAGACUUUGAGGAGCCCAUUUCAUUUGACGGGAGCCGUAUGAGUAAGGAGGAGGACUCUAUCUGGUUCAGACCGGCUGAGUUACAGGACGUGGGACAUUAUUCAUGCGUGUUGAGGAAUUCUACUUACUGUAUGAAAGUAUCGAUGGUGCUCGCAGUGGCCAAGAACGACGCUGGUCUCUGUUACAACUCCAAAAUGAGAUAUUUUGAGAAGGCUGAGCUAAGUAAAGGUAAAGACAUCAUCUGUCCCAACAUUGAUGACUACAUGCAGCCUGGAAAACAGACAGCGAUAACCUGGUACAAGGAAUGCCGACCAAAACACUGGAGGCAAACUGUCACCAAGAAGGCGGACGUUCUGUCCAUUAAAGAUGUGCGAGAGGACGACAUUGGGAAUUACACUUGUGAAUUACAGUUUGGAAGUUUUGUGGUGAGAAGGACCACUGAACUUUCCGUCACCGCACCGUUGACUGACAGACCACCUAAAAUCCUGUACCCUACUGAAAAUCAAAUGAACAUUGUGGAGAUGCAGUUAGGAAGUCCUGUCAACUUGACCUGCAGAGCUUUCUUUGGCUACAGCGGGGAUGCAAGUCCUCUCAUUUACUGGAUGAAGGGAGAGAAGUUUAUUGAGGACCUGGAUGAAAAUAGGAUCAGAGAAAGUGAAAUUAAGACUGUUCGGGAGCAUUUGGGUGAGCAGGAGGUGUCUAUCUCACUGACAAUAGAUGCUGUGGAAGACAGUGACCUGGCGAAUUAUUCCUGUUUUGUGGAAAACAGCCACGGCAGACGCCAGGCCAACAUUCAGCUCAGUAAAAGGGCAGAGCUCAUGUAUACAGUGGAGUUGGCCGGGGGUUUGGGAGCUAUUCUGCUGAUGUUGAUAUUUCUGUUGUCUAUAUAUAAGUGCUACAGAAUCGAACUGAUGCUGUUCUACAGACAUCACUUCGGAAGCGAGGAUAUAGAUGGAGAAAAUAAAGACUAUGAUGCAUAUGUUUCCUACACUAAAGUGGAUCCAGACCAGUGGUGUCAGGAAUCCAGAGAGGAGGAGCGUUUUGCUUUGGAAAUUUUGCCAGAUGUUUUGGAAAAGCAUUAUGGAUACAAACUCUUCAUUCCUGACAGGGACUUGAUACCAACUGGAAGUUUCAGCAAUGAUCAUUUCCAGGAUGACACAGGACUUCUUAGAGCCUACAUAGAAGAUGUGGCUCGCUGUGUAGACCAGAGCAAACGCCUCAUUAUAGUCAUGACAGCAAACUAUGUGGCCAGACGAGGCUGGAGCAUCUUUGAGUUGGAGACGCGACUACGCAACAUGUUGGUUAGUGGAGAGAUCAAAGUCAUCCUCAUCGAAUGUGCUGAGGUGCGAGGAAUCAUGAAUUACCAGGAAGUAGAAGCUCUUAAACAUACCAUCAAACUUCUGACGGUCAUCAAGUGGCCGGGACCCAAGGGCAGUAAACUCAACUCCAGGUUCUGGAAACAGCUUCAGUAUGAAAUGCCCUUUAAGCGCCCCGAACCCAGGCUGUCACAUGAGCAGGUGCUGGAUGUGAGCGAGCAAGGACCAUUCGGUGAGCUGCAGACCAUCUCUGCCAUCUCCAUGGCUGCAGCGACAUCCACCGCCAUGGCAACCGCACACCCGGAGCUGCGUUCUACUUUUAGCAGCACGUAUCACACGCAGCUGCGGCAGAAGCAUUACUACAGGACUUACGAAUAUGACGUUCCUUCUUCUGGUACCCUUUUACCCCUUUCAUCACUGGGCAACCAGCACACCUACUGUAACAUUCCCAUGACACUACUCAACGGCCAGCGGCCGCAGGGAAAAUUGCACCACGAUCAGCAGCAGGGGAUAAAGGAGCAGCAUAUUAACAAUGCUAUGUUGCCAUUGUUGCCCCGGGAAACCAGCAUUUCCAGUGUCAUUUGGUGACAUCAGAUUGUUAAAGGCACUUAUUCCAAACAACAUAUGAUCCACAACACCUACUUGUGUUGAUUUCAAACAAGAAGGCAUAAGUUUAGGGUGACCAGACAUCGCAUAAAAUAUCAAUUUAUUUAUAUGCAUAUGUCCUUAUAUGUGACCAGUCACGGAAAGUAGGGACACAAGUCGGGCAUUUUGAGUUAAUCACAUAUUCUGAAAGUGCAGUUUCUAAGCUUUCCAACGCAUGCAAAUCUGAUAAGAUUUGGAGAAGUUGUGGCCAUUUGAAUAUAACCCAUUCAAGAAAGAGAAUGCUGAGAAAAUUGAGAAAGAAGAGUUAGCACUUUUCCCUGCCUGAAGAGACAAAAGGGCUCAUUUGCAUCUCAUUUAGCUAAGCCAUACCCCCUGUAAAGCCGUUUUGGAGUUAAAGAUGUUCUAGCAUCAUAUGUAGUAUUUUAUGACAAGAGGCCGGAUGACAAAAUGCAAAGAUAAACAUGACUUUUUACCUUUGUGUUGAUUACAAGUCGAAUCAAGUCUGUUUCAGAUGUGUGAAUCAUCCAAUGACCAUUUUUGUCAACAAAUGCGUAUAAUCCGUGAAAUAUAGAUAUAUAGUCUAUUGUUUACAUCAGAUUUCACAUCGUAACAUGUAAGGGUAUAUGUGAUUACAUUCCGGUAAUUUACGUUUCGUUAAACACAUGAACCCGCCUUCAAAGCUUGUAUUUAAAAUAGGUAGGAAGUAUAAUAGAUAAUCCAAACAGUGCCGUCGAAAACGUGACGUCCUUUAGGGAUGUAACCAAUCGCUCGGUCGUUCCUCCAUCAGCCAAUGAGUUCAUGGAAAAUAUUGAUAGACAAACAUGUAGCCAAUUAUAUAAAGAAUUCAAUGAUCUCUGUGUAACUAAGUUUGACUUCAUGCUGAGCUGCAAGAACUGACAUACAGAUGACGUCAAAGUACCGGGAGAGCGAGUCGAAAUUAAACUAUUCCUUAGUAUUUCUUGAAGAGCUCUCGCGGUAAUUUGACGUCAUCCAACUGCAGCGCCGCAUAAAGUCGAGCAAGCCAGUGACGCAGCUGACGUAGGACGCGGCUGACUGUUAUUUGUUCGCCCUAGAUUCUUUUUUUUUCUUUUGUUUUGUGCGCCCGAGUUCAUUUACAGUCUGGGGAGACGCACACUGUAAGUUUGAAAAAAAAACUUAGCAAAUAUGUCUGAGGGACAGGUCAGCAGCGUCACUACAGUCACGUGACUUCACAUGGUUCACAAUAGAACCGAAAGAGAAGACCAUGCUGAAUAAAGUCAUAAUUCUUGCUAUUUUUGGACCAAAAUGUAUUUUCGAUGCUUCAACACAUUCAAGCUGACCCACUGAUGUCACAUGGACUACUUUGAUGAUGUUUUAUUACCUUUCUGGACAUGGAAACCGUACAUAGAUGUUCAAUGGUUGGGACAAAAGCUCUCGGACUAAAUCUAACGUAAAAACAUCUUAAACUUUGAUCUUAAAACUGCUAUCUAAAACAUGGAGAGGCUUCUUUGUGAUCUCAACUAACAGAUUCUGCAAUAAAAUGAAAAUCACAAAUUUUGAAAAUAACCUUUCUUUCCCAUUUUCUCGAAAGUUGUGCUGCCGACUUGUGUCACUGGUUUCCGUGACGGGUCACAUAUUAAUAUGAUUGGUUCCGUUUAAAAAUUCAUUAGCUUUUAUUACAAAAUAAAAUGAAUAAAUUCAACUAUUAUUGGAUUACCCCCCCCCUGUAAUGUUUGCCCCAUCCCAUAUUUCAGCCAAUCUCAUCUGGUCACCCUACAUAAGCUUGAUACGUUUAUCUUGAGGAAGAUAAAAUGAAAGAAUAGGAAAACUCAGAGAGACCAUUCUGUUUUGUUUCCAUAAUGCACUUAUAUACUUCAGGAAUACAGGGUCUUGUACAUAUAUGUAAAAUUUCUUUGUAGCAUUGCACUUUGUUCCUUUAUUGUUAUACUUUUUUUACAAUUUCAAAUGUUAAUAUCAAAUUUAUUUUUCCCUUAUAAAAUGACUGAGACAGAGUCAUUUAAACAAAGACUCAUUAAUAACUGACCUAUUGUAGUUUGUCCAUGACUUCACUCUUGAGACUUAUUUCCUAAACCAGUAUAGGAUUUGUGAUUGUUUUCUUAAAACAGCAACAUUUUGUUUAACAAAUGAUUUUUUUGCUAUCAAAAAUUUUUCCACUACAAAGAAAAAAUGUCAUUAUGCAAAUGCUACCGAGGCCUAACGUUCUAAUUCUUCCUGAUUAAAUGAGUAAGCAGAUGUUUAUCUCUCUUAUAAGUUUUUGAGAUGUUCUAGAUAAACAGCUUUGCUGUUAGUAAGAUAGAUAAAGAAAAUAAUGCUGUAUCAUAUUUUAAAAGAAAAAUAUAUUUUUGUUACAAAGAAAUUUGCUUGGCAAGACAUGCAUCAGUCACAUGUCAUUGAUGCUACUUAUUAAAAGACUGAAGACUGAGACAUUUUGAGCUCCUUGAAUAAUGUCCUUUAAAACAAAGUGAAAAUAUUUUUUUGUGUUUUGUCAUAUCAUGGGUAAUCAGGUGUGUUUUUAUCUUCCCCAUUACAAUAAGAAGUAUAUUUAAGAAGUGUAUCUAUAGCAGCAAGAUAGGUGUUCAAUUUAUAAUAUAAAUAUAUUUACAGAGGCAUUUCACAACUAAGAAAGUGCUUACGAUUCAUGUCCAUGCCUCUAAAUAAUGAUAUAUUUUGUCUUUACUGCGCAUUGAAAACUGUAAACCUCUACUUUAGUGCCUACUGCUACUCCAAAACAAGACACCACCUACAGAUUUAGAGUGCUGCUGCAUUGGAAUUAAAUUAUCUCAGUUUAGGUGUGUUUGACGUCAUGCAGUGCUGCGCAGUCCGACAGACAUAUGACAUCAAAGUGCCAUGCGAGAUUCAAGAGUAGACUGCUCCGUAUGGUUUUGAAUUGCUCUUGCUGCACUUUGAUGUCAUAUGCCUUUCGAUCUGUGCAGCACUGCAUGCAUUCAAACACAUCAUUUAUUUUUGAAUGGCACUGCCAUGACAUCACUUCCUCUCUCUCUGCCUUAUUGGCAAAAUAUGUUUCACACUAAUAUUGGCUGUGUCCAAAACCGCAUAGUCUCUGAGUAGGCAGUUAAUUACAAGGAGUACCAACUUAACGAGUAUGUACAUUAUCGCCUGAUCACAUUAAGUAUGGACAUCAUCCUCCAUGUUGAUGUUAUCAUGUGACCUAUGACAUAUUAGGUUUGUUUGAGCUCAUGCAGCGCUGCGCUGCAAAAACUGACAGGAGGAUGACAACACAAUACCGCGAGAGUAUCUCCAAAU